AUGGUCUGCCACGACAGCAAGGGAACACCCAAAACAGUUAGGCCAACCAAAUUCUGGUCUACACUAUUUGUCGGGUACGACCUAGUAUUGGGGUAUCCAUGGCUGGCUGAGGCAGACCCAUGUAUCCGUUUCUCCACAGGAACCUACGAGUGGUUCACUGACGACGUCGAGAGAGUCCAGCUGGUGACCGCCGAACAAUUGUUCAGUGAUCUGGAGCCAGGCGAGCAGCCAUACCUGCUACAGCCCGAGAGUCUGGGCAUGGGUGGUCCAGCGGACGUCCAUCGGACGGACGCCGGACAGACGCCGGACGCGCCCCUCGCCGAAUGGUCAAGGAUUAUGGCAGUGGGAAUCGACGGCGGCCCCAUCCCAGAAGAUGACGCCCCAGAUAUAGAGGAGCUUAAGUAUGUGCCAGAGCACCUCCAUCACAAGUGGUUUGCCUUCAGCAAACGGCAGACGAGUGUGUUGGCACCACACCGGGAGUAUGAUCACUCCAUAGAUAUCAAGGCUGGUGCCAAGGUUCCUAACCUCCCGAUCUAUAACCUGUCCCGCCGAGAGCUGGAUAUACUCCGGGAAUACCUCGAGGCGGCACAGGAGAAGGGCUGGAUCCGCCCAAGCAAGUCGCCGGCGGGAGCCCCCAUCCUGUUCGUCCCCAAACCUGAUGGUACUAUGAGACUGUGCGUCGAUUACUGGGGAUUAAACAAGAUAACCAUCAAGAACCGGUAUCCUAUCCCACUGGUGAGCGAAAUGAUGGAUCGACUGUCGAAAGCGAAGGUCUUCACUAAGCUAGAUCUACGUGACGCCUAUCACAGGCUCCAGAUCAAGGAGGGCGAUGAGUGGAAGACCGCGUUCAAGACGCGAUACGGUCAUUUCGAAUACCUGGUUAUGCCGUUCGGGCUGGCCAACGCACUAGCCACGUUCCAAUCCUAUAUCCACCAAGCCCUGGGAGGCUUACUGGAUAGGAUCUGCGUGGUGUACCUGGACGACAUCCUUAUCUAUUCCCAGAACGAGGAGGACCACGACAAGCACGUCAAGGAGGUCCUAGAUCGUCUGGUUGAGUGGGGGAUGUUCGCGAAGGCAAGCAAAUGCGUCUUCUCCAGUAAAUCAGUAGAGUUUCUAGGAUUCGUUAUUACCCCAGACGGUGUGGUAAUAGACCCUAAGAGGGUCCGUACUAUCACCAAAUGGCCCAAACCAUCCAGUUAUAAGGAUAUUCAAGUGUUCUUAGGCUUUGCCAACUUUUAUCGGCGAUUUAUAUUCAACUAUUUAGGAAUUGUCUGGCCGCUCAUCGACCAUAUGACGGCCGCCCAGCGCCCGGAGGAGGACCGGGGGGUCCCCGGUCAAGAAGAGGGGGGGGCGAAACCGAAGAAGAGUUAG